GACAAAUCGAACACCAAUGUUCAUCAAAACAAAGCCAACCUCGUACAAUUGAUUAACGUUUUCAAUAUUAACCUCGUACAAUGGCUGGCUCUGAUCCCCACAAAAUGAUAGCCCAAGCUGAUAACUUAACAACCCUCAGUAUCACAAGGUGGACUGCAGAUUGGAGUAGUGCUACUUCCCUUUAUGAACAGGCUGCUAAUCGAUUUAGAGUUGCCAAGGACUAUGAGAGAUCAAAAGCAGCAUAUGAGAAAGCUUCCAAGGGACAAGAGAUGCUUGCUUCCCCUUGGGAUGCAGCUAAGCACAUGGAAUCAGCUGCUAAUAUGGCAAAGGAACUCAGAAACUGGAGAGAAGUUGUGAGCUUCUCUCGAAGGGCGUCGGAAUUGUACAUUGAGUGUGGGAGGCCACAGCCUGCAUCAGAUGCUCUUGCAAAGGGAGCCCGUGCUUUGGAAGAAACUAUGCCUGAAGAAGCUAUUCAGCUAUAUACUGAUGCCAUUACAAUUCUUGAGGAAGAUGGAGGAGGACAAAUGACCUUUGAUCUGUAUCGUUCUGCUACUGCUGUUUAUAUAAAACUUGAGAAGUAUUUGGACGCUGCGCCUCUCCAAUUGAAGUUUGGCUUAGCAGCUUCCAAGUGUAAUGCUACCAAUAGCCAGUGCAAGGCAUAUCUUAGUGCAAUUAUUAUCUACCUUUAUACUAAUGACUACAAGCAAGCAGAGAUGUGUUAUAAUGACUGCUCUCAGAUUGAUGCUUUUUGCAAAAGUGACCAGAAUCGCUGUGCUAGCAAUCUCCUUGCUGCAUACUCAGAUGGAGACAUUGAAGAAAUCAAACAUAUCGCCCAAUCAAGCAGCAUUUCAAAUCUUGACCACUCGAUCAUUAGGCUAGCAAGGAAACUGCCAACAGGAGAUGUGAGUGCAUUGAAGGGUAACACUGCCAGACAGGAAGACCAGCCUCUGGAUGAAAAUGACCUCACUUAACAAUUCUCCGGGCCACAUUUCUUUUAUUAAUUUUUCGUUUCUGACGUAUCAUAAGAAUAUUUUGAUCUUAAGAACAAUGAAACUUCAAAAGAGGCUUGGUGUACCAAGUGUUCAAUCUUAUUCAAACUUUAGCAGGAAAAGAAAUUUCACUUUGAUAGACACUCUGACUAUAGUAUUAAACAAUGUAAAGGUGACAAAAAUUGUGAAUGCUAUGCUUUAUAAGCAUGUCUUGGUAUACUAGGCCCUGUAGGAGAACAAUACUGAAAUAUGAACUUA